GAGCCCCGUGCCUUUCCGGAAACCCGGAAGUAGGAGGAAGAGGGUCUGUGAGUGUGUGAGGAGUGAGCUGGGUAGUUGAAGUCCAGCGUGAGGCGGGGGCACCGCCCUGCAGGGACGGGCAGUGGGGGACGGGACCGACUCUUACAUUCCCCAGGACCGUCUGGUUGUAGAAGCACCUCUCUGCAUGGGCCCCUCCUAUUGGCUAUGGUCUAUCCUAUGGGCUCCCUUCUUCUUAGCUGUCGAUACAGCCUCACCCGCCCUUCCCUUUUCAGGUCUUCCCCCCCUCCUCACGUCGUCUCCCUCACGCGCCCUUGGUCCUCUCCCGCGUCUAGUCCAGUCUGGAGGAGUGGGGGGAGCUGCUACUGCUUUCCCACACUUUCCCGGAUUUGGCGCUGAUGGAGUGGACGCCUUUGUCCACUUAGGACUGUGAGGGUUGGGCUCAGAGAAGGUCACCCAGAGAGCCUCGUGGCCCACCUGGUCUUAAAUUCCUGCUCAGCGAUUUAAUUCAACGUGGUUAAUUGGCUUUCUGAGUUUGCGUGACACUUUGAUAUGGUCUGGGUGCUCACCAUAUACUGGGCUAAAAUAUGGAGAGCGUAUCCCAGAAACAAAAAUGUGGUGGUGCCAUCAAGUUUUUUACCUUUCCUAAAUGAAUUAUCUUCAUCCUUACUGAUGAAAAAGCAGCUAAUAUAAAAUUGAAGUUAUUUGCUGAAGAAUUGCUUUUUGUAGAAGGAUUGCAGAGUGGGCGAACUGCAGUACAUAUUGGCUGUUCCAUGUUUGAGGAGCAACUUGGGGAAAAAAGGCACAGUAAGGUUCUCAACAUUUCUUUCUGAGAUUUCCUACAUGGACCUUUGCAGUGAUCCAACGGGUGGACUUCAAGGCCAGGAUGCUGCUAAGGAAUUGUAGUGAUACCCGUUGCAGAGAGGUGGUUUGCUUUGCAGUAGUUUGCAGAAUUAUUACACUUCUGCUUCAGGCCCUUUUCAAUCUCCUGAUUCCCGAUCAUGCUGCAGAUGCCUUCUCUCCUCCCCGCUUGUGUGACCCUGGGUUCUGUGACUGGCUUUUGGAAUGGUUCCUGGGAGGCCUUUCCCGUUGGGACGCAGAGCACUUCUUGUUCAUAGCCGAACAUGGCUACGUGUAUGAGCACAACUGUGCCUUCUUCCCCCUCUUUCCCCUGAGCCUAAAAGUGGCAGCAGACGUUGUUCUCUGGCCUUUCCAAGGCUUUCUGUGCCCCCGGAGCCGUCUGCUCCUUUCUGCGGUUCUGCUCAAUGCUCUUUUCUCUGCCUUGGCAUCUUGGUCUCUCUAUGAGCUCAGCUGUGUGGUCCUGCAGUGCCGAAGGAGGGCUUUUCUGUCAGCCAUCCUCUUCUGCCUCACUCCAGCUAAUAUCUUUAUGGCAGCUGCUUAUUCAGAAAGUAUGUUUGCCUUCCUGGUUUUUAGUGCCUUGGGGUGGCUAGAGAAAGGGCGUUGUUGGAUUAGCCUCCUUCUCUUUUCAUUAGCCACCGGGGUACGUUCCAAUGGGCUAAUCAAUGCAGGAUUUCUCAUUUAUUCUCAGACAAAACUCUUUGCUUUCAAGUUUCAGGCAAGGACAAGAAGUGGAGUAAAGCUGUUGCAGAACAUAGGCCAAUUUCUAAAACUGUCUGCUUCUUUGGUGCUGAUGUCUGCCUCUGUGUUCCUACCUUUUGCUUUGUUUCAGUACUAUGCCUACCAUAAGUUCUGCAAUCCCAAUGUUAGCCUUGGAUAUGCUAUACCAAGGCCGCUGUUGCAGUUGGCUGAAUUCAAGGGGUAUCGUGUAGCAGCUGCAGAUGGUGGGAAGCCACCAUGGUGCUCCUGGAACUUUCCUGUGCUCUACAGCUAUAUACAAGAUACCUACUGGAAUGUUGGCUUCCUCCGAUACUUUGAGCUCAAACAGAUCCCAAACUUUCUACUAGCCUUCCCUGCUAUUUUGUUGGGCUCUUGGGCAGUCUGGUUGUAUAUCACGGCCAAUCCCUGGCACUGUCUAACACUUGGUCUGGUGAGAAGGAAGAGUGCAGGCACACAAGAACAUGACUCGCACAAGCCAGCCGAGGGUUUUUACUCUCCUGGUGUAUUUGUCUACAUGGUCCAUGCAGCAACUCUGUUGGUGUUUGGGACCUUUUUCAUGCAUGUACAGGUUCUUACCAGAUUUCUGGGUUCUUCUUCUCCAGUCCUUUAUUGGUUCUCUGCUCAUCUGCUUUAUGACAGUGAACCUUUGCUACAGGAUGGAGGCUCACCAUCCAAACAUGGAGAACCUCUUUCAGAGAAGCCUUCAUUUCAUAAUUUCCUUCCUAACUUCAGUAGAAAUGAAAACUCUGUGCUGGAGCUUCUGAGCAAGUGGAAGCAGAGCAGGAUUCUCACAAAAUGUAUUUUGGGAUAUGUACUUUCCUACUGGCUGCUGGGGUUGGUCCUUCACUGUAAUUUCUUUCCUUGGACGUAACCAGUUUAAAUCUUAUUUUAAAAUUUUAUUGAAGAUUAUAUUAAUACAAAUA